CGUUUAAAUGUACGCAAUCAUAUGUUAUUGCUGUUAUCAAGACUAUUCUAGAUAAACAAAACGUUGCAAAUUGUCCGGCUAAUAUAUAUAAACAAAAAAGAAUAAAUGCAAGCACAACGGAUUAUUAUAAUACACCCAGGAUCGCUCUAUGUUAGAAUAGGAAGAGCCUCUGAUCUUAAUCCUAUUACACUUUUACAUGCAGUAGCGUACCGAAAGCGUGAAUCUACAUCUGCUCAAGAACAUAAAGAUGAGUUACUGCCACAUGUGCAAGGUUCUGCCGAAACUCUCACAGAAUUUGAGGAACAAAGGCUACAAGUUUCCCAUUCUAUACAAUCAUAUGCACCACUUCAAGAAACUUACGAACGCAGUGCCAAACGACUGCGAGUUGCUACGCCACCGCAACAAAUCGCUACUUUCAACAGGCGAAGUGUUCCCGAGGACCUUCCAAUAAUAGACGACAACAACUGCAACGAAAAAAGUGAAAAUGUAGUUGGACGUGAAAGGCUAUUUGACAAAAAUAUUUUAGCGCUCAACGAAAAAGAAGCAAUUGCUUAUAACGUCCAUUUUCCGAUAAGACGCGGUGAACUAAAUUUGCAUAAAGGUGUGGGUGGUUCUAUGGCAGCAAUCAUAUCUAGCAUGGAAAUAAUAUGGUUGUAUGCAUUAAAAAAUCAUUUAAAUAUUAUGGCAGAUGCAUUACCACAUUAUAGUGCUGUUUUGGUUGUAUCGGACGUCUACCAUCGUAGUCAUCUACGAGAAUUGACAACAUUAUUAUUACAACGUUUGAGAUUUCGUUCAUGUUUUUUAUUACAAGAUCAUGUUGCGUCUACUUUUGGGGCUGGACUAAGUUAUGCCUGUGUUGUUGAUAUUGGGGAUCAAAAAUGUUCAAUAUCUUGUGUGGAGGAUGGUAUUAGUCACCCAGAAACUCGUGUACGACUUUCUUAUGGUGGUGGCGAUGUGACACAAGUGUUUUUAAACCUUCUACGCAAGUGCAGCUUUCCUUACAGAGAAUGUGAUGUAAGAAAAGGUUAUGCAGAUGCAGCAUUAAUAAUGCAUUUGAAAGAACGGUUUUGUCAUCUUACCUUAGAUGUUUGCGGAGCGCAAGAACGUUGUUUUGAGGUAAAGAAAGAAAAUAAACGAUUGCGAUACACUCUUCAAAUAGGUGACGAAUGUGUUGUAGCGCCACUAUGCCUUUUUCAUACAGAACUACUUAAUAUUACUGGCAAAACGAAGCAAGCUAAAGUUCAACUGCGUAGUAGUCAACAACCGGAUCCGGAAGAUUGCUUUGAUGCCGAAUACAUAAGGGAAACAGGGCGUCGAAAUGGAGUACGAGAUCAAUUACUUGAAGGGGCGAUACCAGUAACAGGCGAAGUGACUGAAGAUGAUUUAGUGGUAGACGAUGUGGUUGAACGUGACGCCAAUAGUAAAACUAGUGAUAAAGAUGAACUUUUGUAUGUCGUAAACGGGCAGAUUAUGCCAAUUGACCAAGCUAUAGUUCGGAGUAUUGAACGUUGUUCAACAGAAGAGAUUAAGCGCAAAAUGUAUAGCUGUAUAUUGCUUGUGGGAGGCAGCACGAAAUUUCCAGGUUUCUCAAAAUGGCUGGAACAACGUGUUAUGCUUCAAUUAGCGGCCACGUCAACAUCAUACUCUGCAUUUGAAGUAAAUGCGUUCACCAAAGAAAUGGACGCUGGUAUGAUAGCUUGGAAGGGUGCGGCUAUAAUGUCAUGUUUGGAGAGUGCGCCUGAGCUAUGGAUAUACUCUAGUGAAUGGGAGAAAUAUGGUUUGCGAAUAUUACGUGAAAAAGCACCGUUUAUUUGGUAAUUAGUAUUAAUUUUUGUACAAUAGGGGUUGAACACCCUAAACUAAAAUAUUAACAAGUGACUCAGUUGAAAAAUCCACUGUUUGUAGUAAUGUAAACAUACAAAUAAAAUCCGAAGGCAUUUAUACACUUUAAAA